AUCAAUCAUCUCGGCGCAUGCGCACGCCGCGUUGUCUAGCAGUGGUAAACAGACGUCAGAAGGGAGUCUUCGCCUCGAGUCAAAACAAAAACAAGAAAGAUCUACGAAGAAUAGCUGUUUGUCUAUCUCCAUUAACAACUGAAGGGAAGCGAUUUCGCAUUAAUUUCAAGAGACGACCAAGUUAUUGAAGAGAAGCGGGUUUCUUCGACUUUUACCGGAGGGAUAUUAACUCGUAAAAACUGGAGUUGGCUAACUAGGUGGAUCUCUCAGUUGUAAAACUACGCUUGCGAGUUGUGUCCCAGAGGCAGAGUGGCCGGCGAUUGAAUUCGAGUUGUCUUUUCGAGGAACACAUCGACCGUAGUGGGAUUCGGGAAGGCGUCAACGGGACCGACACGUGCCCGCGGGAGCACUGUGAGUAGCCGCGUCUCGAGAAACAUGGCAGACGGUGACACGCGCCAGCACACCGCGCGGGGGACCGGGCAAACUUGAACGGCAAUAACACGGAUUUUUGUUGUAUGGUAAAACCCCGUGAAACUACCCGUUAUGAUCGAGCACUCCUGUAAGACAUUAUCUUGGUCUUUUUUUAAAAUGUAAUAUUUUGAUCGUUUUUGAUUAAGUUUCAUGUACGGCUUCUUUUGGCGAUUUAACAAUCUAGAUGUUUUUAAUUUGCCGAUUAAUAAAAAAAUGUUGACUUUGACAGGCAGCUGUAACGAGUAAUUCCCAUUCACUUGAAUUCGUUUACAAGGACAGUAUUCUUACAAAGUAUAGAAAUACACUCAAGUUUACAGGAAAAAAUAGCGUACGAUUUGACGCUCUCAUAUUAAAUUGGUUUAUCGCUUGUUGUAGAGUUUGUAAAUUGGUUUACUUGUAUUUUUCUUGGUCUAAAAUCUAAUUGCGAAAGCCAAUCAACCAUUUGCUGCUAUAAUGGGAACCAGUGGGAGGUGGUUAUUUUAGCAAUUACAGCGCAUCUUAUGAUUGGUUUUUCAAUUUCACCUACAUAACUGCCUCAACGACAAUGUUAUUAUUAUUAUUUUCUGUUAAAGGGUGUUUAAUUAUAUACGAAAAGUUCACAAUCAUCGCUUCACUCCAGCGCGUCCUCUUUUCCAGUGGUUUAACUCAGUAACUCUUGACAAUCCAGCUGUUUUGAUGUGAAUUUCCUUUGUUCCUUCUCCAUUAAACAAAGAGACCCCUUCUAUCCUCGUUUGCUCUGUUUAAAUCAGAAGGUUUAUGUUAGUUACUAUUAAGGAGAUUAUUUAACCCCAUUUAAUCUCCAAUCUGAGGAUUAACUGACGCUAUAUUGGUGUGUUCAGAUUAUUACGAAUCUGCUCCGUUACGCUUUUUGUCCGGAUAAUUUAUACUUUAGCGUUUUUAAUAUUAUGCAAUAAAAAACAAAAACAAAUCGUUCCUAAACACGAUUUUUAAACUAUUAUUUUUUUUAUAAAUAGUCGUAAUCUUAAUCACCCUCUCUGUUGUUUUUUUUUUUAAAUCGUAUUUUCGCAUCAAAACUAUUUCACUGAAAUCCAGCCUUCAUCUGAAAUUAUCUGGAUUGUAUCGCACAAUGGAGGAAGAUAACGUACCCCCGAUUGACCCAGAUUUUGAGCCGCAGAGCAGACCGAGGUCAUGUACAUGGCCGCUGCCUAGACCAGAUAUCUCAGCUGUCAAAGCUGGGGGGGGCGACGGCUCAGAGUCUGCUGCAGGAACUCCACCCACCGAGGAAGAUAAACACGAGCUUCAGCCAAUCAUAUCCGAGCCUGAGAAAGUCGCGGUCUCGGAGGGCGGGAUUAUCGCCGGAGUGGGCGGGGCCACGCCUCGAAAAGGCUCUUCCAGGCGUAAUGCCUGGGGUAAUCAGUCCUACGCGGAUCUGAUCAGCCAGGCGAUUGAAAACUCGCCAGAAAAACGACUUACUUUGGCGCAGAUCUACGAUUGGAUGGUCAAAACGGUGCCGUAUUUUAAGGACAAAGGAGAUAGUAAUAGUUCUGCUGGGUGGAAGAACUCCAUUCGUCACAAUUUAUCACUCCACAACAAGUUCCUGCGAGUGCACAAUGAGUCGACUGGAAAGAGCUCUUGGUGGAUGCUCAACCCUGAGGGGGGCAAGACUGGCAAAGCCCCUCGCCGCCGUGCCGCCUCAAUGGACAACGGCAGCAAAUUGCUUAAAAGUCGUUUGCGAGCAAAGCAAACUAAAAAGCAGGCAGGAGCGGCAGGGAUCGGAGGUUCUGGAGGUGCCCUGCAGGGUGAGGGUGCUUCUGGUGCUGACAGUGCAGACAGUCCCGGGCCUCCAGGUCAAUUCGGAAAGUGGGGAGUGAACAGCAACAGCCCUUCCUCUCGCGGCAGCCUGGACGACCCGGACAUGUGGACGAGUUUUAGGCCACGUACAAGCUCCAAUGCCAGCACGCUGAGCGGGAGGCUUUCUCCCAUUGCCACGGGGCAGGAGGAAGACGAUGACUUACCUGAGGACGGCCUUCUUGGUGGCUAUUCCACAGGAAAUCUUCCCCCAACACUAAUGGAAGAACUGGAUUUGAUUGAUGGGCUAACUUUAAUGACUGGUUCGCAAGGUGGUGCGAGCCCAAGCACAGCUCCUCCUGCCCCACCUCAGCCUUUGCCCUCGGCGUCCACCCUGCUGCCUCGAGGGUCCAGCUUUCCUUCAUUUCGGCAGCUGCAGCAAUCGCAGGCUACGCAGGGAUCCACUCCACCGGGCCCGCAGAGCUCGGUUCAACCCAGUGCCAGAUCCAGCACAAGCCCAUCAAGCUUCGGAAACUCACUUUUCAGCCCCCUGACUGGUCCUGGUCACAGUGGUUUCAGCACUCACGUGCCCUCCAGCCUCGAAGCGCUCCUGACCUCCGAUUCGCCCCCACCUAGCGAUGUUAUGAUGACUCAGAUGGAUCCUCUCAUGCCAAGCCAAGGAGGUGGUGGGCUUUUGGGGCUCGGGGAAUCUAUGUCCAGCAGCCAAGCUAAGGCAGGUCAGAUGUUGCUGAGAAAAGGCAUUGACACAAGUACGGUGGGGCAGAUGAGCCUCCGGCCUCAACCCCAACUCCAGCACUCACAGAUGGGCUUUGGAGUGAUGCACCUUCCCAUGAGCCAGGAACCGCCUCAGCUCACAACUGUAAAGUCCCAGCAUCAGGUGCCAGGCGCUGGGCUUCUGCAGCACGGAACUGUCCUGUCACCUGGAGGGAAUGGAGGCCUGCAAGGUCUAGGCCAGUUUGCAACACCACCCUUCGUCAUGCCCUCCCAGGACCGUCUGCCUACAGACUUGGAUAUCGAUAUGUUCACUGAAAACCUGGACUGUGAUGUGGAAUACAUUAUCAACAAUGAUUUUAUGGAUGGAGACCUGGAUGACUUCAACUUUGACCCCAUCAUACAGGGUGGACAGGGCUAUACUGGGCCAGCAACCACACAGAGCUCCUCCCACAACUGGGUGCCCAGUUAACUCCAUUAUUAAUAAAACAUGAGAACAGGUAUAUGAAUUUGGGUUUGUUUUAAAAAGGCAUAGUUCACCCAAAAUAAAAAAAGAAAUUUACUCACCCUCAUAAUGUUCCAAACCCAUCUUAUGUUCUUCAUGAGAAAUCAAAA